UAGUGUCAACUCUAGUCGGUCAAUCGCGUCGACGCCGCGUAAAAUAAUUUUGUUUGCCCCGCAUUCGUUGAAAAACUGCCAAAAGUGCUUGUUUUUAUGUGUGGUGCGCGUCCCAGGCAAAUGCAACCAAGUCUGCGACUGCAAUUGCUGACCGCCUAAAACCGCCGAAGACAGAAAAUACCAGUAAUGCGAAAGACCCGCUCGCAGACGGCUCGCACGCAGGCGGAAAAUGCCGCAACAUCCUCGAGCCCCGGGCACCAAUCGUCGUCAUCAGCGCCAAUAGCAGUGAAUCCCUUUGAUGUGGCCAAGUACAAGGAGUGUGAGCAAAUGGUGCAGAUGCUCCGAGUGGUCGAGCUGCAAAAAAUCCUGUCGUUUCUGAACAUCUCCUUCGCUGGCCGAAAAACCGACCUGCAGAGCCGUAUCCUCUCGUUCCUGCGCACCAACUUGGAACUGCUUGCCCCGAAGGUACAAGAAGUCUACGCCCAGUCCGUUCAGGAGCAAAGCGCCACGCUGCAGUACAUCGACCCAACCAGGAUGUAUUCACACAUCCAGCUGCCUCCCACCGUGCAGCCGAAUCCGGUGGGCCUCGGCGGCGGACCAGGCGUCCAGGUGCCUGGGGGUCAGAUGAACGUGGUCGGUGGCACACCCUUUCUUCACACGCACAGUAUCAACAAUCAGCUGCCUAUCCACCCAGACGUUCGGCUUAAGAAGCUAGCCUUCUAUGACGUCCUCGGCACACUGAUUAAGCCAUCGACCCUGGUGCCUCGCAACACCCAGCGCGUCCAAGAGGUGCCUUUUUACUUCACACUCACCCCCCAGCAGGCCACCGAGAUUGCCUCCAAUCGCGACAUCCGAAACAGCUCCAAGGUGGAGCAUGCCAUUCAGGUGCAACUUCGCUUCUGCCUAGUGGAAACCUCAUGCGACCAGGAAGAUUGUUUUCCGCCGAACGUUAACGUCAAGGUGAACAACAAGCUGUGCCAGCUGCCAAAUGUCAUUCCAACAAACCGACCAAAUGUGGAGCCCAAGCGUCCGCCGCGUCCUGUCAACGUCACCUCCAACGUAAAGCUGUCGCCAACGGUCACAAACACCAUAAUGGUGCAGUGGUGUCCAGACUAUACGCGCAGCUACUGCCUAGCCGUUUACCUGGUGAAAAAGCUCACCUCCGCACAGCUAUUGCAGCGCAUGAAAACCAAGGGAGUGAAGCCGGCCGAUUACACGCGCGGCUUAAUUAAGGAAAAACUGACGGAGGAUGCCGACUGCGAGAUAGCCACCACUAUGCUUAAAGUGUCACUUAAUUGUCCUCUGGGCAAGAUGAAAAUGUUGUUACCGUGUCGAGCAUCAACCUGCUCACACCUGCAAUGCUUCGACGCCAGUCUCUACCUGCAAAUGAACGAGCGCAAGCCCACUUGGAACUGCCCAGUCUGCGACAAGCCAGCCAUUUACGACAAUCUGGUCAUAGAUGGCUACUUUCAAGAGGUGUUAGGCUCACAGCUGCUAAAAAGCGAUGACACCGAGAUUCAGCUUCACCAGGAUGGCUCAUGGAGCACACCAGGCUUGCGGAGCGAGGCGCAGAUCCUGGAUACACCCUCAAAGCCAGUUCAAAAGGUUGAGGUUAUAUCGGACGAUAUUGAGCUUAUCUCGGACGAUGCCAAGCCAGUAAAGAGCGACUUGUCCCCAGCACCGGACGACCAGCCAACAUCCACGUCAAACAGUGAAACCGUUGACCUUACGUUGAGCGAUUCCGACGACGACAUGCCGUUGGCCAAACGUCGUCCACCCGCCAAGCAAGCCGUAGCCAGUUCAACGUCGAACGGCAGCGGUAGCGUCCAACGUGCCUACACGCCGGCACAGCAGGCCCAGCAAUCCGAGUCCCCAGAACAGCAGGUCCGUCGCCAAUCGCCAGAGAUGCAGCCAGUCUUAGACCAGCAACUGCAGCAGCUGCAGCAGCAGCAGCAACAGCAUGAUCAGCCAGCGACGGCAGCCGUCCAUGCCUCGCUCCUGGAGUCCCUGGCUGCUGCGGUCGCGGAUCAAAAGCACUUCCAACUGUUGGAUCUAGCUGCGGUUGCGGCUGCUGCAGCUGCCACGGCGUCAUCCGGGCAGGGUCAGAACGCCGCUCCGUAGGCAGGGCCACAUACACAUCCAUCGCACACUCACGGCUCGCACCUCACUCUCAUGAUCCCUGAUUCGGCUUGGCCAAUUUCUGUUUUUCUUCCUUGUCCCGGUGGCAUCAGGCCAGAAUCACACCUCAGAGGCUAUUCUUCAGCGUUCCAUUCGCAGUCACCUCAUCGCAUUCACACGCUCUCAGUCGCGACUUAUCAACUGAUGCUUGUAAUUUUUGUGUUGCAGGACGCAGGCAGAACAGACAGGCUUUAUAGGAGCGGGUCCAGGGGUUCCUAGUGACUACUUCCCCGUCAGCCAGAUUGUCGCUGCCCUUAUGCAGGGGGUUCACCCACUUUGGUUAUGACCUGUUUCCUUCGUUUCUGUGUCGUCUCGAGUUGUUGUUGUGUUACUAAGUUUCCCCAGGGCUCUCAGCAACACACACUCACCCCAUACACCAACUGAAUUAUUCCUAGAUAUUACAAUUACACAAAGUAGCACCAGCAUUCAUUAGCAAUUACCAUAGGCCACGCAAUUAAUUUAUUUCGAAGCGGUGAAGAAGAAAAUUAAACGCCCUACGCAUUACUAACAUUAUAACUAAGCGUACACCUAAACCAGAUGUUAAUCAUAAGUCCGCCAAUGCAAGUUGGUCGUAUUUAUAUUCCUAUGCACGAGGCGAGAGGAGACAGGCCAGGCGGCAGCCAGCCGCGACACCGACAUUUAGGUUAGUUAAGAUACUAUAGCUAAACGGAUACUAAACGGAGAGGCGGAGUGGCGUGGAGUGGAGUGCAGGGUGCUGCCCCCCAAGAUUGUAUUUAUAUUGUGUUGCAAGUCAGGGCGAAACUACAUAAAAUGCCUUAGUGUAUUGGAAAACAAACGAAUGCGUUUUUAUUGAUGGAAAUCAAGAUAGGCACUCAAUCAAGCUAAGGCCCCUGACCUUUGACGUUUAUUCAAGCUCAAACCGUGCGAACACGGAUUUAUAUGUUAAGAUUUUAAAUUCAAUAUUGCUUUCAUUUUGAUUUGAUAUCAAACACCAUUAAAUAUCUGAUCGAACAAAUAUGAAAACUGUGUACAAGGAGAUGUGUACUUUAACUAUAUUAUUAAACAAUUUUCAACCAA